UCCUUUCCCAGCUUCCCCACAAUCUCUUGCCACAUCACACCAAGCCCCAAACAGAUGUAUGAAUGCAGCCAAAGCAACUGCAAGUGACAUCAGGCUAGGGAGGGAGGGAGGAAGGGGGAGAGGACUCUGUCCCUUUCUCCCUUCUGUGAGAAUUGGGGACCUUUCUCUAAUCGGGAUCUUCUUUUUCCGCACCUUUCUUCACCCCUCCAGGCCUUUGGAGCCUAAUCUUUCAUUGUCUCCAUGUUGCUGCACCCGUUGCUAAGGAGAUGGUUGCCUGGAGGUGUGCAGGUCAAACAAUGACUGACUCAUCCUGCUCUUACCAAAGGGAAACACUCUCUCUUAGGCUGGCCUGGGCUGCAGCAGGGAACAUCACGGGCUUGCAAUGGAUUUCCGUGAACUGACGUACCGGGAUUUGGUAUUAAAUCGUCCGUAUGUCCCUCAAAGCACCUUAGAGACUGACUUCCCCACUCCGCUCUACAGCGAUGAGUACGUUUCUCUGAGGGGACCACGGAAUGCCCCCGUUGUAAGAGAGGCUGUCCGCUGGAAAUUCACUCCUAUGGGAUGGGAUGCCAUCCCUCAAACCUGGUAUACUGGUCUGACAAACAGCCAUAAUCGUGAUGCCUGGUACACCAUCACCAACCCUGUUGACCGAGAGCCCCACCAUCGCUGGCAGAGGUCCAAUGCCAAACAGGAGAAGACUCUACCACCUGCUUAUGCCCAGCGUUUGCGAGAGAGCAGCUGGUAUGAUCCAACCAUCCCUCCUCCAUAUUUGGAUCCUAACACACGAUGGGGUGCUUUUCUAUGGAAGGAUAAGAUUAUUCCUGGAAAAGAAUACGUCAUCAACCGCAAUCGCCGUGCUGAGGAGCUGAAGGGAAAACCAGGUUACGUGCCCCACCUUUCUCUCCACACCCCAGUCUUCACAGCAAAGGACUACCGCACCUGGAGGAUGUUCAGCCACCAGCCUUCGACCAACAACCAGUAAAGCUUCUUCCCGCUGCUUGCCGUGAUGUGAUAAUCCUCCUUCGUGGUGCAAGGUGGGGGACAGCAUCUCCUGUUUGGGCCCAGGGCCCAUGUCGUAGGCCCAGGGCCUUGGAGUGAUGUGUCGCGGCAGUGUGCCCCGCAGCCUGUACCAUAUUGAUGCGGCCGAUUUGUUGUGAUUGUGCUGUAAAAGGAGGGAGCUGAGAGCACUUCGCCCUUUUACCUAAUUGUUUGUUUUCUAAUGAAAUCGAUGGGCAGACAAUUCUUCAUGUACUUCUUUAUGCAAUGCAGAAAUAACCAGUGGAACUCUCUGCCAUCAGACGAUGGAUGACCCCUACUUCAGUGUUGUUGUUGUUGUUUUAAAAAAAGAGAGACAAACUAAUGAAGGAUGGUGCAAGCGGUAAAGGCAAAUGAUGUCUGAUGUGGUAUAAUUGUGGUUAGGAAAUGCCACAUAGCCUUUACAAGUAUCUCCCUUUUGAGUAAACUCUGGUGAGCAAGCCUGUGCAUAAAAUGAAUACGAGCUAGGAUAAUUAAGGAAUUUUUAAUGGGCUCCCCUUCACUGGUUGUAUUCAAAUGAUGGCUGGGGAGCCAUCAGUUGGGGAGACUUUAAUUAAUAUCCCUGCACUGAGUGUGGGCUGGCAGUUGGACUCUCUAGGAUGUCAACUCUAUAAUCCAGUGACUCUUGAGUCACCUAACUUUUAGCUCAGGGCUCAACAUACAAUGCCAAUAUUCCUGUAACUGAGUAUCUCCCUCCACACUAAUAUACAUAUAAAAUAGCCAAAAUCUCUGGAGUUUGUCAAAGCUCAUAAACUUUGUACAGAGAUCUCCUGAGAAUGCUGAAAUCUUGUGUUGUGUGACAGCUCAAAAUCUUACAACAUUUUGGUAUUCUUGCACAAGUUGUUCUUGGGAGGAGUGAAAACACUGAGUUCUGGGAAGGUGGGCAACCCAUUUUAAGAGUGCUUUGUGGGUCUUGCAUUUUGAGUGGAUUGAGGUAGGUUUUACAAGCUCUUCCAACCAAAUUGUGGCUCUUUUCACAUCUUACACCACCCAUUUCACCAACUGAAAACUCCUAACCUUCCCAAUGGGGAUAUUUUCCCAUUUUGGGGGGAGGGGGUUAGGAGGAAAAUGGUUUAAGGCACCAUUUAAAUUUGGGGGGGGUUUUUGGUCCCUUAAAACUUAACAAAGAAUCAUGAGGGCUGAAAAUCACUAGCAACAAACAUGAUACAACUGGGCUUGCAGUACAGUCACAAAGGAAACACUGGUCUGCUCUAAACAUUUUAAUGCCUGCUGGUUAAUAUUCCCCCCUUUCAAUCAUCUGACUUAGUUGACUUUCUGCAGCAAAUUUUCAGACAAGGGGUUGCAAUCCUGAUUAAAAUUAUGCCAAGGGCUGUUCUUUCCCAAGUGGGUGGAGCCAGGGUAAAAAAGGGCAAAAGAGGAAAUGGAUAAUAAUCUAUAUACUACUAAAACUCUCCUGUUUGUCUGUGUGUAACCUUUAACUGGGAGAAAUGGUGCAUCAUAGGAUAACACUUUUUGAACCAAGGUACCUCAAAUGGGCUAAAUUACAGAAUGCUUCCAAAAUCCAGGACCCAUGACUCCCGUGGAAUAGAAAUUUGGCAAAUUGUAUAAAACAUUUUAUGAGCAAAAAAUUAUCAUAAAACAUGACAUCAUACAAAAUGUCAUAAAACAAAAUGUCAGUUCCUGAUGUUUGACUGUGCUAUACAGUUCAGUAUGGGCUACAUAUUGAACAUGGGCUAUUUUCAAGGCAGAUACAUCUCUGAAUAUCUCCCUAAAAUUUUAAGAACUUUUCCAGUACAUAGAAGAUCUGCCAUUGUUGACGGCAUAGAGGAAUCUGGUAAGGAAAUAUCACUGAAAUGAUGACCCAAAGGGUCACGGGUUGUCUAGUUAACAUUAAAAUGAUUACUCCUUUUUCAUGAUCCUUAGUACAAGGUUAUAUGUAUACUUUGUAUAUACUUCCACUUGAUCUAUACCAGUGUUUUUCAA